AUGCUCAUCAAUCGCGACUAUUGGAGGACGGUCCCUGGACCCAAGCUCCUGCAGCUCAUCACAGCCGUCUCAGCUAUUGCCAUAUCUUAUGAAGGCAUGAGCCAGGGCGUGAUGGGUGCUGUUCAAAACGCACCCGAAUUCGGACACCGUAUGGGCUUUGCUGACAAGGAUGGCAACAUCACAAAACCGUCGCUUCAAGGCGGCAUAGUAGCAAUGUACUACUUUGGGUCUCUUCUCGGAGCUUUCUGGGCGGGUCAAUUCAGCGACAGAUAUGGCAGGAUUAAAGGAAUCUGGAUGGCAUGUUUCUGGUGUUUUGCAGGCGUCAUACUGCAGGCAUCCACAGUGAACCUUGCCCAUAUGCUCGUUGCUCGUAUUGUGGCUGGAGUCGGCGUCGCUUUUAUUAUCGUCAUUGCACCCGCCUGGACCGCAGAGCUGGCUCCCGCGGCGCACAGAGGCAAGAUGAUUGCACUUACCUUUUUGGCAAACUUCUCCGGCAUCGCCCUGUCUUCUUGGGUUGGAUUUGCCACCUCCUUUACGGAGUUUGGUGGCGGUGCUUUCCGAUGGCGGUUCUGCUUCGCAUGUCAGGCGCUGCCACUUUUCUUCUUGGGCUACUUUACCUUUCUCAUUCCAGAAUCACCUCGAUGGCUUGUCAAGGCUGGCCGCACAGACGAGGCGUUCGAAAUUAUCACUCGUCUUCGUGGAAAUGGCGAUGCAGAACAUCCCGAUGUCCAGCGGGAGAUCAAAGAGAUUGUAGCCGUUGUUCACAUGGAAGAAGAGUCUCAGUCUACCAACUAUUUCAAGAUGCUGUUCGGUAUUGGAUCUGGCGACAUACAUCUCGGCCGUCGUAUCCAGCUCGCUUUCUGGCUUCAGGUUUUGAUGCAAUAUGGAACCGGUAUCGCCGCAGUCGUCAUUUACUCUGGCACAAUCUACAAGACUGCAGGCUUCGAUGGUGUGAAGAUUGGCUGGCUCAGUGCGUUGUGCAUGAUGGUGGGAAUCCUAGGUACCGGAAUUGCAGCCUUCACCCUCGAUCGUGUAGGCCGUCGACGUACCCUGUACUGGGGCGCGGUGGUCCUCAGUAUCAUUUUGUUCGUCAUCGGGGCUCUGUACCGCGGCGCAAUCGAUCACCCCAAUCAAGCCCAACAGUACGGCACAGCAGCAGCGUCCAUGGUCUUCGUUUACGUUCUCGUCUUUUCAAGUUCCUGGUUGAUGAUCCCCUUCAUCUACCCGACUGAGAUCUUUCCCACCUGGCUCCGCGCAAAGGGAAACGCCUUUGGUGUUGCAGGCUGGGCUGUCGGCUUUGGUGGUGGUAGUCUCCUGGUUCCUGUCAUGUUCGACGGCAUUGGCGAGAAAACUUUCUACGUCUUCGGCGCCGCCAUGCUCUGUUACAUACCCGUGAUUUAUUGCUUCUUUCCGGAGACAGCUGGUCGCACGCUGGAGCAAAUCGACUUUCUAUUUGCGUCGAAGAGUAUCUUCACUUGGAACGAAGAGAAGGAGUUUGCUAAGCGAAUGGCCCAGUUUGAGAAUGAAAUCGACAGGAUGGAAUAUGACGGUGGUGCAGGGCAAGAAUCCAAGAUUCACUUGAGAGAAAUCGAAGGUAUUCAUCAGCCAGCCGUGAAUGGUGGUGAGAAGGGUGGUUGGUAG